GAUUAUAGGCAACCUAAGGAAAUAUAAUUACUUUUCACCCAUUUUUGAGGACUAGAAACGGUAGGUGAGUGGUAAUUUUCCCCAACACUUAACUUACCCAAGAUUAAUAUACUUAUCCCUUUCACAUUCUCCUGCUAUUUAUCACUCUGGAUGAUCCUAAAUUACCUGGGUCAGUUUUUAGUAUUUGAGUGUUUCAGAAUCAAUCACAAUAGGGAAGUUUAUAGAUUUACCAAAACCUGUCACUACUUAAUCUCUUUCUCCCAAUCACCUAUUCUAAUCUUUUCCCCAGGUCAUUGUGAUCUUCUUUCUCUAUUAUUGAGAAGAGAAUAAAAAUCAGGACUUCACAAUGCAGGUCCUCUCUUCUGCACGGAGGACAUUUUCCUUUGUGAAUGUUUUUUUCAGGCAAGAAAAUCAAGCCUGAUGGCACAGUGUUAAAUGACUUGAAAAGACAUGGAGGGUCAGAGAGCCUGGUCAUCAGAGGUUCACAUUAGGAGAAGUUGAAGAUGCAUGCUGAAUAAGGACUAGAAGGGGAAAUCCUGCAGGAAUGACUGGGAGGACACCAUAUGCACACAGACCUUUCACAGGAGAACAGUGUUACUCUAAGGAUAAUCAUCUUUGAGAAAGUACCUUGUAAGUAUUCUGAAUCUGAGAGACAGUUUCUUUUAAACUGGAACCUAUUAGACACCCCCUUCAUCGUGUUACAAAAAGCAUGAGUUCCAGCCAGAUUUCACUGCAAGUGAAACAUCAGAGACUUAAAAGACAGAAGAAACCUUCCAAGUGUAGUGAAUGUGGAAAGUUUUUUACUCAGAGAUCAUCUCUUACCCAGCAUCAGAAGAUUCACACGGGAGAGAAACCCUAUGUUUGUACUGAAUGUGGAACUUGUUUCCGGAAACACUCAAAUCUUACUCAACAUCUGAGGAUUCAUACGGGAGAGAAACCUUAUAAAUGUAAUGAAUGUGAGAAAGCCUUUCAAACAAAAGCAGUCCUUGUCCAGCAUCUGAGAAUUCAUACUGGGGAGAAACCCUAUAAAUGCAAUGAAUGUGGCAAAGCCUUUUGUCAGAGUCCAUCCCUUGUUAAACACCUGAGAAUUCAUACUGGAGAGAAGCCCUAUAAAUGCAGCGAGUGUGGCAAAGCCUUCAGUCAGAGCAUAUGCCUUACUCGUCAUCAGAGAAGUCAUUCUGGAGAUAGACCUUAUAAGUGUAAUGACUGUGGGAAAGCCUUUAAUCAGAGUGCGUGCCUCAGGCAGCAUCAGAGAAUCCACUCAGGAGAGAAGCCCUACAUAUGUACCAAAUGUGGUAAAGCCUUCAUUCAGAACUCUUCCCUUGUUGAACAUGAGAGAACUCACACUGGAGAGAAACUUUUUAAGUGUAGUGAGUGUGAAAAAACCUUCCGCAAGCAAGCACAGCUUAGUGAACAUUACAGAAUUCACACUGGAGAGAAAGCUUAUGAAUGUGCUAACUGUGGGAAAUCCUUCAGGCACAGCUCAGCGCUUGCUCGACAUCAGAGGCUUCAUGCUGGGGAAUAAAACUCGGGAUAUAAAUAGGAUGGAAAGACUUGUAUCAAUAUGAAAACACUUCUUUUUUUUUUUCUAAAUUCUUAGGAGAUUAGGACUCAAAUCUUCGCCUGGGAUGAAUGUUUUGUAUGUUGAGCACAAGGCAAUGUGUCCUAAAAAUUAAGAAAAUAGACUCAGAACUAGAUAGUCUUAAGUUUGAUGGCUUCUCUGCCACUUAAUGGGUGUCUGACCUUACCGCUCUGAGCCUCAGUUUUCCCCAUCCUCCCCAAAGAAUAAUGAGGUUACUUACUAGGGUUGUCUUGAGAAUAAAAUGAGUGGUAUAUAAUAACCAACUGCCAGUAGUUGGUUUUGAGUGAUAGAUGUUGCAAAAGUUUAUAAAUCUGGUUAUUGAAAACAAAGGUCAAUUUUUUGUUUAUCAUAAUGUAUUUUUUCUUAAGAAUAUCCUUGUAAUUGGGCUGUGAUUUCCUGCUUAAUCUACAGGCUAUUUAAAAUAUAACAUAUAG